AUGGCGGGACCGAUACCUCGUGAAGAGGCACUGAAGAGAGGAGGAGCAGACCUCAGAUUUACGCUGUCACGAAAUGAUGUUGAGGACGAUUUGCAAGCUGCAUUUUUCACCAAUGGUAUCACAACAAUUCAGAAGUUUUCCUCCUUCUUCAGAUCUGAAGAUGACCUGAUACAAGUCAUGAGGGAUUCUUUUGGAACAGAUGCAGCAGAUGGACUGGAAGCCCGGGCACAGCUGGCUUCAGUGAUAUGUGCAUGGCGUGAGACUCAGACGAAACAGAAGCGUCAGGCUGAAGUUGAAGCAGAAAUGGAUACACGUGAGUGGACAAAGCCAAUACCCACUGGAGACUACAUCAAUUUGCGCAAUGCUUUCAUGAGGGUACAUGGUAAGAUCGAGGACAGAGUUACACCCUCGAAAGAAUACAUGGAGAAAAAACUUCAGGAACUUGAGAACGGUGAGUUCCGUGCUGAGCUGCUGUCAGAGGUAGUUUCAAAGGAUGAGGUUGACCCGGACGUCAUGGUGCCGGUCUUCGACUCGAAAGGGUCCUUGUCAGUGAAAAGGGGCUCAACAACGGUGGCGCUUCCAACUGGCCCCGAACAGCUCAGACGCAGACUUUCUGUGAUGUUGCAUUGCAUUUUGAUGUUGGCACUGAAGCACACGAACCGUGAAGAGAUACAGGACAUGAACAGAGACAUCAUGGAACGCUACAAGGACUACAUCCUUGGCGAUUACGUCUGGGGCUUAUCUUCGACUGACCUGCAGGGAAACCAGAUCCAGACGCCUCCAUGGAGUCUUAUCCUCAGUUACGAACAUGCUGUGAGGAAACGUGCAUACAGUUUGAUGGUCAGUGAUCAUUUGAAAUUGGGGGCAGCACUUGAACAAGCUUGGAAGUGCCCAACAACCAAAGAGCGUCACUUCAUUACACCACUUGCACUAUACAGCAAGCGUUCGAAUCCAAGGGAAGUGCAGUUACCAGAAGUGCAAGUUCUCGCAUUUGUGCAACAGGUGCUUCAAGAAGGGGCACAGCGCAUUGAACUGCAAGGAGGACAAGGCGCCUUUGGACACCACUGGAUCAGUCUGACCAACGGCAGGCCCAGAAAGAAUUCAGUUUCAUCUUGGUUGCGCAAACUGUCAAAACAACUUGGCGUGACCGUGGAAGUUGAGAUGGUGGACAUACAGGUCAAACCACACCUUGAUAUCACCAAAGAGGAGGUUCAGCAGCAAUUGUUAAACAAGAUAGCUGCUGGGAGAUAUUUUGCACUGCUCAUAAGCCCGCCUUGCAGCACCUUCAGCAGGGCGACCUGGGCAAACCGCAAAGGCCCGAGACCAGUUCGGUCUUAUGUGAGGCUCAGAGGAUUUGUGCGGCUAUCUUGGCCGGAACGCAAACGGGCGAACUGGGGUAAUAUUUUGACAGAUUUUUCUUACAAGGCCUUUGAGAAACAGAUGGUUCAUGUGGAGGCUAUGGCACUUUUCGAAAACCCGGAAGACUUGGGUGCCAUUCAAGCAGGUGAGAACCGGGGCAUUCGACCCGGCAGCAUGUGGCAAUUUGAGAAGUUUUUGGAACUUUUACGUUGGGACAAGGUGGAUACGGCAGCGUUUUAUCAGGAAGACUUUGGUACAGAGUAUUUAAAGCCCACGAGGCUUUUACUGGGGGGCUUCAGACGGCUGCCGAAGCAUUUUGCUUUGGGUCCACCUUGCUUUGACGACCAGGGUUUUUAUGCAGGACCACUGGAAAGGCGCUCUGCAAAGCGUCAACUGGUGGGGAGAAGUGGCAACGGGUUUGCAACAACAGGGUCUGAGCAAUGGCCUUCGGAUAUGUGCAAAUGGAUAGCAACAGAAAUUUUGGAACAAUUUUGUGCAAUAUACAAACAAGGGCCUGCAGUCCUCGCUGACGAUGGAGCUCAGGGUACAAACUCGGGAGUGCAGGACAAAUAUGAGAUUUUACGACCAGACGGCAGAAAGCUGGUUGGGGGACUUGGAGACCCCCGCAAGUGCCAACCACCUGGCAAGGACAGGCUCUUCCAUGAUGGGGCUGGCCUCCUUUCUAUGGGGAGAUGGGACGUGGAGAAUAGGAUUUGGAGCAUGGGAGAGUUUUGGAAGCAACUGAGAGCGGGUACAGUGGCUUUGAUAGAAAAGCACCUGGGUGAUGCAAGAGCACUUGACAGAGCAUGUUUUGAGAUGGCGGUGAAGGGCGAGAAGGGCUGCAGCAUAGUGCGUGACGAGACAUUGAAAGGUGAGAUCAGAAAGUUUUGGAUCUCACUACUUGAAGGACAUGGCUCAACUCAAACUGACUUGGACCAUGUGGCCGCUGGGCAACCAUUUUACCUUCGUCUGAUGAAGGAGCUCUUGAAGUUUGGAGAGGACGCAGACUGUAAUUUUUUACUGCAAGGAGAGACAGGUUUCCCAGUGGGAGUGCUGAACCCACUGCCACGCACACCACAUGCCUAUGAAGAGCAAACUUCAUGGCGCUUGGAGGACGAACCCUUUAUGCAGGAAGAGAUAUGGCGCUCCAACUAUCAGUCUGUUGAGGAGCACGUGCAAUUUGUCAGGGACCAUUUUGACGAGGAGUGCUCGGAGGGGCUCAUGGAAAAGCUCACCAUAGCAGAGGCCAAAGAGCGUUAUGGUGACAGAAUUGCCAUCUCUUCAUUGGCAGUACGUGUUGAGGAGAAUCAUAAUGGGAAAAAGAGGGUGAUCCACGACGCCACUCACGGCACCAAGGUGAAUAACAGGAUCAGAUGCCGGGAUAAGACCAGAAGUCCGAGCGCGAGAGAAAAGCAAUACCUUCUGGCUUAUUUCCAGAAAAACCGGUGCUCAGUUUUCAGCUUGGUGGGCGACAUCAGCAAGGCUCACAGACGUUUCUUGCAUGCGCCAGAGGAGAGAGGCUUGUUGGCGUGCCGCAUACUUGAAUCGGACCAGUUUAUUUACAUCAACAGAGUGGGAACGUUUGGCUUGGCUUGUGCGUCUUACUGGUGGGGACGUAUUGCAGGAGCUGGUAUCAGGCUGACACAUGAACUUCUGGGACCCACCAUGCCGGUGGAGCUUCUUCUAUUUGCCGACGACUUGGAGGCACUAGGAGCCAGCGCUGGAGGACGGAGGGGGAUCACUUUAGCUUUCCUUUACAUGUCAGUGCUGGGUUUUCCAUUCAAGUGGGCAAAACAGAGAGGAGGUCUUCGAGUAGAAUGGAUAGGCCUCUACACGGAUUACGCAGCCUACAAGUUAGGACUAUCGCCAAAACGUGCGCAGUGGAUGCACGACUGGGUACUGGGCCUGGCCACUUCUGGAGUGACAACGGCAAGGAACUUUGAGCAGGGCCUGGGACGUUUGGGUUUCGCAUCACUGGCGCUGACGUGGGAGAGGCCCUUUUUGGGCCCACUUUACAACUGGAGCGCUGCAGUGCGCAACAAAACGGGUUCCUUGCGGAUACCGGCCAUGUUGAGGACGAUACUCAAGUUUUUGGCGAAGCGUUUUGCUACGGGAGGUGAUUUACAGAGUCCUCCACCGCUUGAGAGACCCCUGAGAAAUGAUCUGGUUUUUUGCACGGAUGCAAAGGCCACAGAAUCCGGCGCAUGGAUCGGGGGAUUCAAACAAGGUCCAGAUGGAAAAAUAACAGCCUGGUUUUCAGAGGAGAUUUCAUCCAGCUGGGCGCCUUGGCUUCACUUGAAAAGAGAUCCCAAAAGGAUCAUUGCAGCUCUCGAGCUCCUGGCAAGUUUGGUGGCAGUAAAAUUAUGGAUGCCUCAUACAAGUGAGGCCUCGGACGCAACCUGCUGGAUACGGGGCAAUACGGACAACCAGUCCAACACCUAUGCCAUAUCUAGAUGGAUGAGCACGAAAUUUCCUUUGACGGUUUUCAUCAUGGAGCUUUCGGAAUCCUUGAGGUUGUCACGGUGCAAUUUGACGCUGGAUUGGAUUCCACGUGAAUCGAACCAACUUGCGGACGAUCUCACCAACGAAAAGUUUGACCACUUCGAGCAGGAGAACAGGGUCAGGAUGAUGUCUUUUGCAGGUGUUUCUUCUGCCGAGAUCAUUUUGGACUCAGGUGCAGAUACCAGCGCACUGCCGUUGACUUACGCUGAUGUUGGUGAAUCAUGUCAACAUGAGACAGCUGGACAAGACUUCAUAGAUGCACAAGGUGGAAAACUUGACAUACGUGACACAAGACUUGCAACUGUUGACCUUGGCAAUGGAGUGAUUUUGCGUGAACGUUUCAUUAUUGCAAACAUCAGUUGUCCUUUGCUUGCACUUGGUCACAUAGUUCGAGCAGGCUGGGAGAUUCAGCAUUUCAGUGAUGGAGUUUUUCUUGUGAAGAAUGGCAAGUUUGUCAACGUGAGCUUCAAGCGCAACUCACUUUGUGUGAAAGGUUCCAUUCGAAUGAUUUCUGAGGAUGACUGUUUGAGUCCAACUUCAACAGCUCCAGGACCAAAGGCCUUGAGAGCAAUCCAUUUGCAGCCAGUGUUGAGACGUUUACUCCCUGGAUGGAACAAAGUGAAUCCACAGGUCUAUGCAUUGACCACUCGACGUGCAAGGUUUGUGGAUACUACACUUUGCCCUGGAGGUGAGAUGAUGUGGUACAGAACAACGCUGGUGUUUCGAGAUGCUCAAGGUUGGGAGUUACUUGAAUUUGGAGAACCCAUCUCAGAAAUGGAAGACUUGGAAGGUGAAAUUUACGACCCAGAAUCUGUUGUAGAAGUUCUCACACUUGCGCGUGCUCACAACGUUGCUUCAGAACAGCUUGGUUUUGCCUUGGUAGAUGGAGAACAGGCACCCCAUUUUGACGCAGAUGUCUUGGUUGGAGAAGCUGGUGAUGGUGACACAGGUGAACAGGAACAUGCCCCACAACCUGUGCAAGAGGUCCCAGCUGAAUUGCCUGAUGCAGAGCCGUUGGAUGAGGAGCGCGUUGUGCCAUUUGCAGAUGAGAGUACAGUGACAGUUGAUGGAGUAGUGCUCAGUUGUGACAACACUUUGAAAGCUCUUCGAGCUGGAUGUGAAGUUUUGGGUUUGUCAAAGCGUGGGUCCAAAAGUGCAGAUGAGCUUCAGCGUUUGGACAGCAUUGCAGAUCAAGUGGAGGUCGAAAGGCUAUCUGGUCUCCAAGUCUUGCAGGAGGACAAUUUGCCUCACGAUGCCAAGAGCUUGAGCACACGCUUUGUGCGCACCUGGAGAGAGAAGAAGGACAAGGAAGGCAAUGCUAUCUGGUUACGUCGUAGUCGUUUGGUUGCAAGGGAGUACACAUGGUUGCAGCCUGACAGAGAAGCACUUUUCUCACCGGCUACUUCGAACAUUGCCAGCCGCAUUUUGCCCAUUUGCUUUUUGGCCCUGCGAGAGCAUCAAGACACGAUGAUGUUGGCCAUUGACGUCAAAGACGCUUUCUUGACAGUGAAGCAGGAACAGCCAACACGUGUACGUUGCACAGAUGCCUCAGGGAAAAGCGUUUCAUACAGCUUAGGUCGAGUUCUCCCGGGUCAGCGUGAUGGCAGCCUUCUGUGGCAUCGAGAUUUGGUCAAGUUUGUUGGUGAAAGCACCCUUGGGAUGGAGGAAUUUGAAGCUUAUCCAUCCAUCCUACGUUCCAAACUUGGUGAUUGCUUGCUGAUGAUUCACGUGGAUGACCUCUUGGUGGCAACCAUUGUGACAAGUUGGAUUACUUUGUUGACUUUGUACAUGGUAUUCCUGUGGAUGCACAGUGAUCAGCCUGUGCGCAACGAAGUUUUGGCCAGCGACGAUGAUUUGACUUCUGUGGAAAUGUCCUGCAGCGAGACGGCUCGUAGCUUAAUGAAUGCUUACUUGUUAGAACCCUUUUGA